GGGUGCUGGGGGCGCGUCUUUGGCGAGAGAGCCGGGAUAGGGCCGGCCACUCCAAGGGGGAGGCGACGGCGGGCGGUGCUUUCCUAGCUCUGCGGCCUCAACAUGGAGCCGGGGCUGAGCGGGUCGUAAAGGGGCUUGUUCACGCUAGGCCCUGGUGGUGACUCCUCCUCUUGGAGGGAGAGGCUGGUCAAGAUGUCUGCUCCCGCUGUGGGGCAAAGCCUGGAACAGCAGCCGGUUCUGCUCCCGCAGCUUUCGAUGGAUUUGCUGCAAGCACACAUUAAAGUUGAAAACAAAGAUGAUGUGCACUUUGUGUCUUUUACGCGUAAAGUAAGUGAAGACGAACCCUUUGUGAAAGUUAGAAGGUCAAUGAAAGGCAGAAAGCCCCGUUAUGAUGGAUCUUUGGUUCAUUUAACCAGGAGGUUCAUGGAUCUUGUCAGAGCUUCACCAGAAGGUGUUCUUGAUUUAAAUGAGGUAUCUCGUACACUGGGAGUGCGGAAACGAAGAGUGUAUGAUAUCACAAAUGUGUUGGAUGGAAUACAUCUUAUUCAGAAACGAUCCAAGAACCAUAUCCAGUGGGUUGGAUCGGACAUUAAGCAGAUUACUAAAAGGACACCAGAGCAUCAAAAGUUAAGAGAUGAACUUUAUGACUUAACUGCAAUGGAAGAAGCACUGGACGAAUUAAUUAAGGAUUGCGCUCAUCAGUUGUUUGACUUAACAGAUGACAAAGAAAAUGCACGGCUAGCUUAUGUGACCUACCAAGAUAUCUGCAGCAUUCAGACGUUUCAAGAACAGAUGGUUAUUGCAAUCAAGGCUCCAGAAGAAACCAAAAUGGAGGUACCGGCUCCGAAACAAGAUUCCAUAGAAGUACGCAUAAGGAGCACAAAGGGACCCAUUGAUGUUUAUAUAUGCGAGGUGCCAUUAGAUGAUCCAGAAUCUGAUGCUUUGAAGAAUGCUGAUAACGGUUCAUGUGAAAGUAAAUGGGCAACAGCUGAUGAUGAAGAGUGAACAGCAUCAGAAAUAUGAAGAACUGCUAGAUUACUAAAGCUUUCGAUUUCUCAAUUUCCAUUGCAUGGACUUUCCAAGAUGCGCUUUCCAAGGGCCAGUGCAGGCUUAGUAAGUUUGUCUCAAUUGCAUUUAAGAGACCAAGAGCAGACACUGAAUUUGCGGACUCUCUCUGUCUCCAGGCCUAAUAUCCUGCCUCCAGUCUUUCCAUUGGCACAGACAUUAAGGGUAAAUCAGCAUCUUUCUAUCCCCUUUUAGUGGUGUUUUUUUUCCAUGAAUGAAGUAAUACAACUAAAUGAGAAAAUUACAUUGUGCUGUCAUGUAAGAUAGCCAUAAGUCAGAAUUUGAAAAUGUGGAUCAGGAUUGUCAUUUUAUAAAGGCCAUGUGUGUAUGGAAUAGCCACCCUAAACUAUGUAAUGUGUGAGGAAGAGACCUCUUUUUCAUCUGAAUAGAUGGAAGUGGCAAUGAACAUGAAUUUGAAAUUACAAUAACUGCUUUUUAAAAAUUAGCUGUUGAGAACUGAUUCUGGAAGAAAAUGUGUUCAGUAAGGGACUAUUUUUGAAGAAAUGCACUUUAGUGCUGAAGCUGCACUGUUGCCAAAUGGAACUGUUGAAUCAAUUUUAAAAUAUAAAAAUUGGAAAGAAAAAAUAUUUCACCCAAGAAAACAGUACAGCAAGUAAGGUUAUAAAAACUUAUACGCUAUAUUUUGGAUGUUGUUCACGUGAUAUGCAUUGAGCUUGGUAUGGAAUUAUGGCUGCAAGUCCUGAAGAAACUGAAAUUCCUUGGAUCAUGUAUAUAUGUGUAUUAUGUUUAAAUGGUUUUUAGUGGAAAUUCUGGCAGGGCAAGCACACUUCUGCCUCUGUACAGUAAAAUAGAAAUAAACCUAUAAAUAUGACAAAUACAAA